AUGGUUGUAGCUUCGAAAUUAGUCUUCGAUAAUCCAGUAUUUUCUAUGUUUGCUUUUCAUUCGAGUGUGCUUGUUGCUAAAAUGCUAUUGGUGACUCUGAGAACAUCACUAGCUCGAAUUGCAUCUAAGUGCUUCUCAAAUGACGAAGAUAUACAAGCUUUUACGGAUGGAAAUAAUACUAAAGCCGUAGGACAUGGCUCUGGAGAUGAAUUUGUGGAAAGAUGUAGAAGGGCCCAUUUGAACGAUCUGGAGAACAUUCUUCCUUUCUUGGCCGUAGGUUUGCUUUACGUCCUUACCAACCCGACGCCAAAAGCUGCAGGUUGUCAUUUUCGCAUCUUCACUGCGGUAAGCGAAAUGAUGGCGUUUUUCUCUCUAAUUAUAUUAUGCUUGCCUGAAGUAGAACUUACGAUCGUUCAUUUUGUACGAGGUCUUAAUUGCACAAAAUAAGCUUUUUGGCAGAAUUAUUAUAUACUUCUUUACUGAGUGAUCGAAGGUUUAUUGAUUGUAUCGGCGUCACUAAAUCAAAUUCUAUCUAGUUAUCGCCUUUAUUUGUACCCUAUGUACAUUAUCUGACAUGCGCUUCUUGAAGGCAAGUAUUAUUAGAGGCUGAUUUUCAAUAAAAUUUAAGAGAAUU